AUGGCUCUCAACAAGGUUUACAAGCUCAACACCGGUGCAUCGAUCCCCGCUAUUGGUCUCGGCACCUGGCAGGCACCUGGUGAAGAAGUUUAUGCUGCAGUCAAAACUGCAAUUCAAGCUGGCUAUCGCCACAUUGACACUGCAUUUGGCUAUGGCAAUGAAGAAGAUGUGGGACGUGGUAUUCGUGAUGCUUGUGCCGAGUUGGGAUUGGAUCGCAAGGACAUCUUUGUCACCACCAAAUUGUGGCCCACCUUUUUCCGUACCGACAGGGUUGCCGAAGGUUUCCAAAUCUCAUUUGAUAAGCUCAACAUUGGAUACAUUGAUUUAUACUUGGCUCAUUGGCCUGUUGCUUUGAAUCCCGAACCUGGUGUCGCCAUUCCUCGUCGUGCUGAUGGUACGCGCGAUCUCGAUAAUGUCAAACCUUCUGAAACAUGGGCAGCCAUGGAAAAGCUACUUGAUACUGGCAAAGUCAAGGCCAUUGGUGUGUCCAAUUAUUCCAUUCCCAUUUUGGAAGAGCUCUUAAAGACUGCCAAGGUUGUUCCUGCUGUGAAUCAGAUUGAGUUGCAUCCCUACCUUCCUCAACAGAAAUUGCUUGACUACUGCGCCUCCAAGGGUAUCCAUUGUACUGCUUACUCCCCAUUGGGAUCCGUUAAUUCGACUUUGUUGCAGGAUGAAACGAUCAAUAAGAUUGCUGCUGCUCGUAACAAGUCUCCUGCCCAAAUCAUUCUCUCAUGGGGUUAUACCCGCUCAAGUGUGUUGCCAAAGAGUGUCAAGGCUGAACGUGUCAAGGCAAAUGCUGAUUUGAUUGAUUUGACCAAAGAAGAGAUGGAUCAAAUCAAUGAUCUUCACAAGACACAUGGCAAACGCUUUAUCACGCCUGAUUGGGGAACCAAGGUUUUUGAUGAAGAAUUUGAAGAAUAA